GUAGACUCGAUGAGAAAUUCUCAAAGUGGUGCUUUUGAAUCUUCAAAGGGUUGUGAAAAAUAAAAGCAGCAUCACGGGUAGACAGGUUGGUGAAGAAGGCUGGCGUUCAUCGGUCAAGGGGAUCAGUACAGAAAUUGGAACACAAAAUGCUGGAGUGACUCAGCGGGACAGGCAGCACCUCUGGAGAGAAGGAAUAGGUGACGUUUCAGGUCAAGACUCUUCUUCAGACUGACAAAACUUCACCUAUUCUUUUUCUCCAGAGAUGCCGCCUGACCCGCUGAGUUACUCCAGUAUUUUGUGUCUAUCUUCAGUGUAAACCAGCAUCUGCAGUUCCUUCCUACACAUAGAAAUUGGGACAUUACAUUAGUCAUAGAGUGAUACAGCAUGGAAACAGGCCCUUCGGCCCAUCUUUCCCACACCGGCCAACAUGUUCCAGCUACACAGGUCCCACCUGCCUGUGUUUGGUCCAUAUCCCUCCAAACCUGUCCUGUCCAUGUACCUGUCUAACUGGUUCUUAAACGUUGGGAUAGUCCCAGCCUCAACUACCUCCUCUGGCAGCUUGUUCCAUACACCCACCACCCUCUGUGGGAAAAAGUUACCAGUCAGAUUCCUACGAAAUCUUUUCCCCUUCACCUUAAACCUUUUGUCCUCUGGUUCUCGAUUCCCCUACUCUGGGCAAGAGACUCAGGUUGUACAAAAAAGUGGUGGCCAGAUUUGGAGUAUUGUGUUGUUUUGGUCACUCUGCUAAUGGAAAGAUGUAAUUUAAACAAAUGCAGAGAGAUUUACAAUUGGUGGCCAAAGGGCCCGAACUAUAGGAAAGGUACAGGAUUAGUUACACAGUUUAGUUUAUUGUCACGUGUACCGAGGUACAGGGAAAGGCUUUUGUUGCAUGCUGACCAGUCAGCGGAAAGACAAUACGUGAUUACAAUCGAUCCAUUCACAGUGUACAGAUACAUGAUGAGGGAAUAACAUCUCAUGCAAAAUAAACCCAGCAAAGUCCGAUCAAAGUUAGUCCAAGGGUCACCAAUGAGGUAGAUGGUACAGCUCUCUGGUUGUGGUAGGAUGAUUCAGUUGCCUGAUACCAGCUGGGAAGAAACUGUGCCUGAAUGGGGAGAAGUGUCCAGGGUCUUCCUUGAUGAUGGUCUGUGGUGAGGGAUGAGGAGGGGUAGUGUAUGUGUGCCUGACUGUGCUGUGGCUUUGAGCAGAUGACAACUCGCGUGUGGUGCUGAGGGACGGCAACAGUUGUGACGGAUUCAUCAACGCCAGCUACAUCGACGGCUACAGGAAGCCGAAUUAUUACAUCGCCACUCAAGGGCCACUGGCAGAGACAGUCGCUGACUUCUGGAGCAUGGUGUGGCAAGAACACUGCAACCUCAUCGUCAUGUUGACCAGGCUCAACGAGCAGGGCAAGCCCAUGUUUGAGCGCUACUGUCCAAAGCGGGGGAGCGAGACCUUCGGCCAGUUCACCGUGACCAGAGUCAGCGAGACCAGUCCCGCCACACAGGAGUUCACCAGCAGCACCCUGCGGCUACAAAAGGUGGAUGCGGUGGACGGCAGCUCCCGGGAGGUGCAGCAUCUGCACUACCUGCAGUGGCCAGACCACGGUGUCCCUGGCAACACUAUCAGCAUCUACCGCAUGAUCAAGCACAUCCACCAGAGCAGCCACAACACCAGGCACAUGCUGGUGCACUGCAGAAUAGAGAUUCCCAGCCCAGUGGAGGUCCCCAGCUUGGAGGUGCCCAAUGUGGAGGUGCCCAGUGUGGAGGUGCCCAGUGUGGAGGUCCCCAGUGUGAGAGGUGUGGAGGUGCCCAGUGUGGAGGUGCCCAGCGUGAAGUUCCCCAGUGUGAAGGUGCCCAGUGUGGAGGUGCCCAGCGUGAAGGUGCCCAGCGUGGAGGUGCCCAGUGUGGAGGUGCCCAAUGUGGAGGUCCCCAGUGUGGAGGUGCCCAGCGUGAAGGUGCCCCAUGGCGGUGUGGGGCGGACAGGAACCUUCAUCGCCAUCGACUACCUGCUGAAGAUGGCGGAGGAGGAGGGAAAGUUGGACGUGUUCCGCUGCGUGGACCACAUGAGAGGACAGAGAGCUGGCAUGGUGCAGACACAGGAGGGGGAGGGGGGGAGGGGGGGGGGGGAAGGGGGACGGAGGGGGGGCAGAGGAGGCAACGGGGACCGGGGGUGGAACGGGGGAGGGAAGAAAGGGGGACUGGGGAGGAAGGGGGACUGGGGAACGGGGAAAUGGGGAACUGGGAGGACACGGGGGAACGGGGGGGGAAAAGGGGGAAAAUGGGGGGACGGGGGAAAGGGGAAACGGGGGAACGGGGGCAUGGGGAACGGGGGAAAUGGGGAACUGGGGGACAUGGGUGGGAACGGGGGACGGGGGAGGAAGGGACGGGGGCACGGGGAACGGGGGGAAAUGGGGACCGGGGGAACGGGGGGGGGAACGGGGGGGGAGGACCGGGGGAACGGGGAACUGGGACGGGGGAAGGAAGGGGAAAUGGGCGAAAAGGGCGGGGAAGGGGGAAAGGGGGAGGACGGGGGAAAGGGGGGAACGCGGCGGAGAAA